CAACCAGUUUGUUCGUUGUCGCAAGGAAAAACAGAGUUCUCAUUAAAAAUCACAAACUGAGUCACUUGGAUGUCUAUGUUUAGCAAUGUUUCGAAAGUGAAAAGAGCAUUUAUACUAAACUUUAUUAGAAAUACGUGGAAUGACUUUGCAGAAAUUAAAACUACAACAAAAUAUGAACAAAAUAUUUUCAUGGCAUUUUAUAUUAUGCUUCCAUUUUAUAAAAUGGCACAAAUAUAGUAUAGUUUAUCCAAAUAACAAAUGCCCAGUUACCCACAAACAACAGAAUAUCCUGAUACUCCCUCCCCCAAUGCGAAUAUGUCAGAACUCCUAUUUUUAAAUGCACAGAGUUGCAGGUCGAUGCUUGUGCUGAUUACAGGGCAGUUACUCAGGAUUAAAGGGGGUGCUAGCAGGAGGAUCGGUCCAGAAGCUGGAUGGACCUGACGAUAUGUGGGACUUCGGGGAGGAGCGCUCUGUCAAAAGCGAGCGGCACUGUCGUGUAGCAGGCAGUGCAGCCCGAGCCGAGCAGCGAUCAAACAGGGCGCAGCAUCUGGCAUUCAAGGAAUUGCAAGUGUAGGAAGAGGCGCCAGGGAGGCCCGAGGAAGGCAGCGAAAAAGACUCAGCCCAGAGGAGUGGUGUCUGUGGAUGGACAGUAGGCAGCCAUGGCAUCACAGGAGCUUGUGGAUGCGCGAGGCUCUGCCACUGAUAAUCUGAACCCUGGAAUGGAGGGUGAUGCCGUGCCCACCAGCGGUAAAACAUGUCCUGUCCACACCCCAGGUGGGGAGGACACAAAGAGGGGCUUUCGGAAAGGCAUAGGGAGGCAUAAUGACUAUGUGAAGAUCUCUGUGCCAGAGUCCAAGGCCAACCGUUUGCCCAUGGAGUGGUGGAAGACAGUAAUCGCCUUCUUUUAUGCUGGUUUUAACUUGGUUCUUACCACAGUCGUCAUCACUGUCGUCCACGAGAGGGUCCCGCCCAAAGAAAGCAGCCCGCCUCUUCCUGAUAAGUUUUUUGAUUAUAUUGACAGGGUCAACUGGGCAUUUACAGUGACAGAGAUCAAUGGCAUGGUGCUGCUGGUCAUUUGGUUGAUCCAGUUGUUCUUCUUCAGAUACAAGUCAAUAGCAAGCAGGCGGUUCUUCUUCCUCAUUGGCACCCUGUACUUAUACCGCUGUGUGACGAUGUACAUCACCACCCUGCCUGUACCUGGCAUGCAUAUGACUUGUGCUCCGAAGCUCCAUGGAGACUCCCAGGCAAAAAUCCAGCGAAUUCUUCGAAUGGUGUCAGGCGGGGGUCUGUCCAUUACAAGCUCCCAUCUCUUGUGUGGAGACUUCCUCUACAGUGGACACACUGUGAUGCUCACGCUCACUUACCUGUUCAUUAAGGAGUACUCUCCACGGUCGUUUUGGUGGUACCAUCUAAUGUGCUGGCUGCUGAGCGCCGUGGGCGUGGUCUGCAUCUUGGUGGCACAUGAGCACUACAGUGUGGAUGUGGUCGUGGCCUAUUUCAUCACCUCCCGCCUGUUCUGGUGGUACCACACCAUGGCUAACUUACAGACUCUGAAAUGCUCACCGAACAACUACCUCACCAACACCUGGUGGAACCCACUGUUCAAUUUCCUGGAGAGGAACGUCCAAACCGCGGUGCCAUGCUCUUACAGCUGGCCCAUCACCUGGCCUCCUGCCUGCCUUAAGAACCCCUGCAAGAAGUACUCUAUGGUGCAGAGCACACGAGAGGAGUGACAAGACCCACGAUACCCCAACAGUGUUGCCUGAUAUCCCAUUUAAGUGGUAUUCCUUCAUUCAGUCUUGUCUGCUGGACAGGAGCAUGAUGGUACCAAAUGCAUAGAUAUUUUAGGGAAAAAAAAGUGUCUUGAAGGAUAAUCAUAUUGUCUCAUUGUGUCAGUGUAAUUUAUUUAAGAGUUAAAGUCCUGCAGAGACGUUACUGUUUUGUAACUGAUAGGUGGACCAGCUCCUUGUGAAUUUCAUACAUGAACGUAAACUUUGUUGCUCGCAGAUUUGUUGCAGUAUUUCUAAGACUUGUUUGAGAUUACUUUAGAUCCGCUACCAUAACUCUGUCAUACUGUAUGUGUUGACGGGGUGUACCUCAUUAUCAGUGUGCUCAAGUCACAAGGUGCCUUAGUGUGUUUAACGUCAGCAAGUGUUCCAAAACUGCCAUUAUGAGUCAUGUUGCAUUUGUUUUGUUUUUUCUAUGAGUUUCUUUUUUUUUAAAAAAAGUUACAAUUAAUAAUAUUAUAUUAGUUUUAGAAGCCUCGGGUGUGUAUAUCCUCGCUGUAGUCUCAACAUUGUACUAUUGUAUUAAAAUGUAACCAUUCUAAUGUUUCAGUGUGUUCAUUUAAUGAAAUCAUCAGUCAAAGUCAUCAUUAUGCUUAACUGCAACUACGCGUUUUAGACAAUUUGAUAUUUAAUGGAUCUCUUCAACCUUGCAAAAUUUCUGCUUCUCACAAGUCACAACAAUGAUGUUCUUUUUUUUUCCUAAAAUACUAAAAUACUCCUAUAACACAUGAAAGUAAAAUCUAAACCACAGGGCUCUGCAUUUGUACAUUAUGGAUAAAAGUUGUAAUUUUAAACUUAAGUUUUGUCAGAUUUACCAAUAAUUCUAUUGCCAAGUUUGGAUUAAGUUUCCUUAAAUUUAUUUAUGGUUUAAACAAACGGGCAAAUUUUAAUGUAAUUUGCAGUUGCAACCUAUAUGUUAGCUAGUUUAUACAUUAGUAGGUAGUAUUAGUAGUAGAUGAAAAUGCCCAACUUUAGUCCUGUACACAAAAAAGUAAUGAGAGAAUGGCAAGAAAAAAACCCCAAUUUGAGUGAAUUUAAAUGUCCUCUUUGCUUUUACUUCCCUUUGAACUGUAUGUAUAGAUGUCAGGAUUUUUCAUACUGU